AUGGAGGCGCUGCGGGACGUGCGGGCCCGCUUGCAGGCCUGGGAGCGCGCGUUCGUGCGGCGGCACGCGCGGCGGCCGGGCCAGGAGGACUUGCGCGCGGCGCCGGAGGAGAUCCGAGCGCUCUACCGGGAGUACCGCGCCCUGAAGAAGGCCUCGCGGCCCCCCCGGGAGGAGCCCCUUCCCGCAGCCGCGCAGGAGGUGCCCGGACCCGAGUCCAGCGCCUGGGGGGCCCACCUGAACCGGGCUGCCACCCAGAAGCCCCAGCGGACUCCGAGGCCCAGGACUCAAGAGCCCCCGCGGGACUAUGCGAAGAGGCUGAAGGCCAACUUAAGGGGAGCCCUCCAGGCUGGGCCAGCCAAAGGCCUCCAGUCCUUGUCUCCACCAGGAACCACAUCCAAGUUGCCCUCCCCAGAACUCCCAGCCACCAAGGCUGCCAGCCUCCCCCCUGCAGCCACCCGGCCCCGGCUGAGAGCAGACCAGCAGCAGCAGCUACGGGAGACCCUGAGACAGCGGCUGAGCUCCCUGGAUACUGACUGGCUGCAGCAGUGUGACAGAGACGCGCAGCUUGACCCGGGCGCCACAGAGGCCCAGGCUUCUAUCUCGGCUUCCCACCCGGGUCCUGAAACGCCUACACAAACUCUGGAGGCCUCAAUUUCCCAACCUGGCGAACAUGAAGACAGAAAGAGGAGGUGGAGCAAGGAACCUGGCUCGGCUCCGCAGGCUCCAGGCACAGCAGGGUCCCCGUCUAGGACUGCUGGCCCUGCACUGGUGGAUGAUGCCAGCCCCAGGGGCGGGAGGGGCCCUUCGAAGGCCUCAGCCCCCCCCACACGCACAGCCCCCAGGCCUGCCAGGCGAGACAGAAACAAUUACGUGCUGCUAAAUUUGAAGCGCAAGAGAUAUGCCCGGGGCCCGGCCCUUCGGGGCUCACUCCUCCGCAAGCAGGUGUGGAAACAGAAGUGGCGAAAGAAAGAGGGUUCUGACCGGAGUGGUCGCAGAAGCACAGGCCAGGAUUGCUGCUUCCAAUGCGGGCAGCUUGGCCACUGGGCAUCCCAGUGCCCCCAGCAUGGUAGGUCAGUGCCAGGCGACCUGGAGGGAAUUGAGUCGGAGCCGCAGACUCUGCCCCUGCUGGAGGAAGUCACACCCCCCACAGACAGCGCCUUCUGCCACCUCCCUGACAUAGAAGCUGACGGCAUGCACUGUCCAGGACCCCCGGAGAGGCCUGUGCCAGGGACUGCCUCCCCCCCUCCCAUGCUGCCGCUCUACCAACCAGGGCCGUCAGGGCAGGUGCCAGAGACGCCAGCUGAGGUUCUCCAGGCUCUACAGCAGCUGGGAUACCAGGCUUUCCGCCCAGGCCAGGAGCAAGCCGUCAUGCAGAUCCUCUGUGGCAUGUCCACGUUGCUGGUGCUGCCCACUGGCGCUGGCAAGUCCCUGUGCUACCAGCUCCCUGCACUUCUCUACUUCCGGCGUAGCCCCUGCCUCACGCUGGUGGUCUCCCCACUCCUGUCCCUUAUGGAUGACCAGGUGUUUGGCCUGCCCCGGGGCCUUAAGGCUGCCCGCAUCCACUCUGGCAUGACCAAGAGGCAGAGGGAAUCGGUGCUGCAGAAGGUGCGGGCAGCCCGAGUACACGUGCUGAUGCUGUCGCCUGAGACACUGGUCAGGAACCUGGCCUUCCUCACCCAGCUGCCGAGGGUGGCCUUUGCCUGCCUAGACGAAGUUCACUGCCUCUCACAAUGGUCUCACAACUUCCGGCCUUGCUACCUGCGCGUCUGCAAGGUCCUGCGGGAACACCUGGGCGUGCACACCUUCCUGGGCCUCACGGCCACAGCCACACGUAACACCGCUCUUGAGGUGGCCCAGCACCUGGGUGUGGCUGACAGCCUGGCUGAAGUGCCCGCUGCCAUCCCUAGCAACCUGCAGCUCUCUGUGUCCACAGACAGAGACACAGACCAGGCGCUAGUGACACUGCUGCAAGGGGACCGUUUUCGCACCCUGAACUCCAUCAUCAUCUACUGUAACCGGCGUGAGGACACAGAACGGGUGGCUGUGCUGCUCCGCACCUGUCUGUAUGGGACCCGGAGGCCUGGAGGGACCUCAGAGACUGUGGCAGAGGCCUACCACGCAGGCAUGAGCAGCCAGGAGCGGCAGCGGGUGCAGCGGGCCUUCAUGGAGGGCCGGCUGCCAGUGGUGGUGGCCACAGUGGCCUUCGGGAUGGGUCUGGACCGGCCAGAUGUGCGGGCCGUGGUGCACCUGGGGCUGCCCUCGAGCCUGGAGAGCUACGUACAGGCUGUGGGCCGGGCCGGGCGUGAUGGGCAGCUAGCCCAGUGCCACAUGUUCCUGCAGCCUGAGGGCAAGGACCUACAGGAGCUUCGAAGGCACGUGCACGCCCAAGCCACCGACUUCCUAGCAGUGAAGAGGCUAGUGCAGCGCAUCUUCCCACCCUGCCCCUGCCUCCAGCCCAGGACACCGGGACCUGUAUCCCUGCAUGAGGCCGAGCAAGCCAGCAAGUCGCAAGCAGCUCAGUGCCCAGGACACAUACGGGCCCUGCCCGUGCAGCCCACAGUACAGGCGCUGGACAUGCCUGAGGAGGCCAUUGAGACCCUGCUUAGCUACCUGGAGCUGCACCCCCAGCGCUGGCUGGAGCUGCAGGCUCCCACCUAUGCCCACUGCCACCUGCAGUGCCCUGGAGGCCCUGCCCAGCUACAGGCCCUGGCCCACAGGUGUCCCCCCUUAGCCACCUGGCUGGCCAGGCACACACCCAAGAGCACUGAUGGGGGAGGCGUGUCUGUGGACUUAGACAUAGUGGCCCUGGCCAACUCCAUGGACUGGGAGCUGGGCCCAGUCCGGCGGGCGCUUCAGCAUCUGCAGAGGGACCCAGAGCUGGGCACAGGGCUGUCCCAGAGCACUGGGGUGCUAGUGGAGUUCCGGCAGCUGGCUUUCCUUCUACACAGCCGAGGGGACCUGAGCCCUGACGAGAUUGACCAAAUCUGCAGCUUUCUGUAUGUCCGAGUGCAGACGCGGGAGCAGGAGGCUCUAGCCCGCCUGCGUCGCACCUUCCAGACCUUCCGAAGUGUGGCCUUCCCCAGCUGUGGACCAUGCCUGGAGCAGCCAGACCAGGAGCGUAGCAGCCAACUCAAGGCCCUGAUCAGCCACUACUUCCAGGAGCAAGGAGAGGGACCGGGAGUCCUGGACGAGGAGGAGCAGGGUCCAGAGCUUGGGCAGGCCCUGCUCCAGGACUGGGAGGACCAGGUCUGCCGGGACAUCCGUCAGCUCCUGUCAGCGUGGCCCGAGCAGCAGUUCUCGGGCAGGGCCGUGGCCCGCAUCUUCCAUGGCAUCGGGAGCCCUUGCUACUCAGCCCAGGUGUAUGGGCGGGACCGGCGCUUCUGGAGGAAGUAUCUGCAUCUCAGCUUCCAUGCCCUCAUGCAGCUGGCCACCAGGGAGCUGCUGGCAUGGAGCCACUGAGUGCUGGGAGUUGGGGCACGGGAGGUGCACGGUACAUAAUAAAAGCUGCAAGUCACCAUCA